AUGUCUGAAGUCGUUCAAACUAUCUUCAUUGUUUUGGUCAUCGUGCUUUUCGCCAUCGUAAUUGGUUGUUGUUGUCACAUAACUGCUCAGAAGCGAAGAGGAGAAAUCGCUGCGAGGCGAAGGACCACGCAACAAGGUGAAGUUCAACCUUCUGGUUAUACAAAUCAAAGCGAGACAGGUUCAAUUUUCAUCUUAAGACUGCGGGGAGCUAGUUCAACUUCAGACUCGACUAGAACUGGACAUCAACGGUCAUCGAGCGUGGCUGAAGAUGUUAGUCAGAAUCACGACGAAAGUCCAAGAAGCCCUGAUGCUAUCGCAGACAGUGGCCCACCACCGUACAUAGCGGUUUCAAACGAACCUCCGCCACCAAGCUAUGAGGAAGCCGUUAGGGUUUCCCAAGAGAAUUUAGCCAUGUGA